AUGUCCCGAUUCCAAGCACCUAGUAGUGAUGACAGUGACAAGAUGUUUGAGAGACCUUCGGGCAGAUUCCAAGCGGCACCCGAUAAUGCCCACAUCGACACAGAUUCCAAAGAUGAACGCAGUAUCGCCAACAGACUGUCUGCAGCAGAGAAGAACGAAAGACACGCAGAAAAGCACGCAGAUGAUAAGACUGUGACAGACCCUCUUGCGCCCGCCCGCUCACAUGGCAAUGAGCCGUCCCGGGGAGCGAAGAUCGAUGCGGAGUUGCAGCGCGAGGAGGAAGAGUUGAUGAGAAAAAAGAAUGUUUAA